CGCCUUUACCUACAUGCAUGACUGCCCAGCCCUGCCACUCAUCCCCCUGAGUCUGCUGGUCUUCAGCCUGCUCUCGUCUUCCUACACAGCCUGGGAUUUAAUCCAAACCUGGAUUAUCACCCACAUGGAUUACUCAAGCUGUCUGGACGAUCUUAUGUACGGCAUAGGGGCGCUGCUGUUUGUAGCGCUGCAAUUCGCGUUUAUAGCAGUGUCCUUUUUCACGUACUCACUCCACGAUUUCUCAAUGGAUGUGACGUCACCGAACUACUGCAACCCCCUGCUGUUUGGGUUCGCCUACGGUUUCGUCACCAUCUCCUUGGUGUUACUCAUCCUUCUCUCCGUCUGCGGUAUCAUCAUCAUCUGCUACCUCCGGUGCUGUGCCAGCCACCCGGUCAUCGUGCGCAUGUACCGCAGGUGGCGCAGGCAACUACCCAGGCAGCCGGUGUAAUGCCGUACAAAAACUGCACCUUCCAGGAAACAUCGCGCAUAAAACGUCCGGAACUAAUCAGGAGAAUCCUGUUUAUGUUAUUUAUUUCACGUUCUGAGUUUUAAAUAACAUUGGCACUUUGUGACAAAACUAAAUUGUUA